CAGACCACACAAUGGCGCAAGCGCCUGCACCCAACUCAAUCAAGGAACCAUUUCCCAUCUCCCUCGUCGGCGGUCGCUACCUGCUGUUUGAUGUGGACGUCAUUGCGCACUGUCGUCGCGCGCACAACAUCUGCGGCCUCCUGGUGGGCACGAUCCCGAACCUCAGUCAGCAAAACGUUUUUCUGGGCGUCCCGCUGGAACUCAUGCCGGAAGAGGCUCGGGUACUCGUCGAUAAAGGCGCUGCGUAUAUCGUGGAUGAUGCGCAGUUUCAUGAGGAAAACUUUGCGCAGAUGAGUCGCGAGGACAGACUCAAGUACAUGGCAGAGAUGGACAAGAGGGGAGAAGAAGUCGCCAAGGAGCAGAGGGAAGCUGCGGAGAGGAGAAAGGAAAAGGCCCUGCGCGAAAAGGGCUUGAAGACAGACAAGGGUGGCUCGACGUUGGAACAAACGCCCCAAGCGGACCACUCCGAUCUUUCCAGCUCCGGUCUGGGCUUCAUCAUGAAAGGAUCGGGCUUCUCAGACUCGCAGGUGCCAGUGAAGCCCGCCGAGAUCGACUCUACUCCUAGUCUCAGUUCCAGUCCUGCCAGUCCUGCCAGUCCUGCCAGCUCUGAGAGCAGCACCUCUGAUGCUCAGAACUCGGGUCUUGGGUUCAUUAUGAAGGGCUCGAGUUUCUCAGAUUCGUGGGUCCAAGUCAAGCCACUAAAGAUCGACGCUCCCGCGCCUGCGCCUGAGUCUGUGCCUGAGCCUGCGACUGGGCCUGCGACUGAGCCUGAGCCUGAGCCUGCGCCUGCGCAUGUCUCGGCUCCCGCCCCCGAAGAGUCUCUCUUCGAGCCGGUGGCUGCUCCUGCUCCCGAACCCCCCAAAAAUGUGGUCAAAGGUGUUGCUGGCCAGAAGCACUUCGUCACGCCCACAACCUCAUACCCUCCUCUCGCAACUCCCGCCAAGGAGACCGCGGUUCCUCCUCCAAAGGUGCCAGACAGCUAUCCGUUGUUCCGCUACCUGCACUCCAAAGGCUACUACCACAUGCCCGGUCUGCGCUUUGGGUGCCACUACAAUGUUUACCCUGGAGACCCGCUCCGAUACCACAGUCACUUUGCUGCCACGGGUUUGGGCUGGGACCAGAAGUUUGAGCUGCUCGACGUUGUCGGUGGCGGACGUCUUGGUACAGGAACCAAGAAGGCCUACAUGAUUGGCGGUGAGGAUCCCGAGAUAGACGCCAAUGAGAAGGAACCCGUGAGGGCUUUCUCGGUCGAGUGGGCCGCGCUAUAAGGCGCAUCGCCGGGUGGUUGCCCGGCGAAGAUUAUGAGUUUACGAAUGCCAUGCUAGAAUAGAAGAAAAAAGAAACAAAAUACAGUUCAC